AGGCGCGAAGCCCGAUUACUCGCAGGCCAAAAUCGUCGUAGCGAUGGUCGGCCUCCCAGCGAGAGGAAAGAGUUAUCUCAGCAACAAGCUCAUGCGAUAUCUGCGCUGGCUAGAGUACUCGGUGAAGGUAUUCAACGUCGGCCAGCUGCGUCGUGCUCUAGCUAGAGCCAAGCUGGCAAAGUCCGGCGUAAAGGAGGAUCAGUCAGCCGCCUUCUUUGACCCGAGCAACCCAGCCGCAUACAAGCUCCGAACGCAAAUGGCAGAGGAGUGUCUUGAGCAGCUCAUUACUUGGCUCAAGCGUGGGGGUAAUGUGGGGAUUCAUGAUGCGACGAACAGUAGCAGGAGUAGGAGAGAGGCACUCAAGAGGAGAGUGGAGAAGGAGCCCGGUAUGAAGCUCGUCUUCCUUGAGAGCAUGUCGACAGACCCGGCAGUGAUUGCUGCCAACAUCGCAGUCAAGGUAUCGUCGGGUGAUCCAGAUUACGCAGGGAUGUCGCCGGAGGACGCCAAAGCAGACUUCCUCAAGCGUAUUCAGCAUUACGAGCAAUCCUACGAAGCCUUGGACAGUCACGGCGAUGAGUCUCACCUCUCGUUUUGCAAAGUCAUCGACGUUGGCCGCUCAGUGACCGUCAACAACAUUCAAGGUUAUCUCGAGUCGCGCAUCGCCUUCUACCUCAUGAACCUGCACAUCACACCCCGCAACAUCUUCUUCUCUCGGCACGGCGAGUCGCAGUAUAACGUUGAGGGCAAGAUUGGCGGUGACUCGGACCUCAGUCCCCGUGGCUGGACGUACGCCAAGGCCUUACCUGAGCUGGUGCAGGAGGCAGUUGGCGAUGCUCCUUUGACAGUGUGGACCUCGACGCUGCGUCGUACAGGGCAGACGGCUAGCGGCUUGCCCUAUCCGAAGCUCGCCUGGAAAUCCCUUGACGAGCUCGACGCCGGCGUCUGCGACUCGAUGACCUACGAUGAGAUUGAGCGAUACUAUCCGGAAGACUAUGCCUCGCGGGACGAGGACAAGUUUAACUACCGCUACCGCGGAGGCGAGUCGUACCGCGAUGUGGUCGUGCGCCUAGAGCCAGUCAUCAUGGAGCUCGAGCGUCAGGAGAACAUCUUGAUCAUCGGUCAUCAGGCAAUUCUGCGUUGCCUGUACGCCUACUUCCACGGGCUGAGUCAGGAGGACCUACCGUACAUCAAGAUCCCACUACACACGGUGAUCCAGCUGACGCCCAAGGCGUACGGUUGUGACGAGAAACGCUUCCCCUUGCCCAUUGAGGCUGUGGAUACCCAUAGGCCCAAGCCACAGCCAAAGACCGCAGCGACUGCGCCCGCAGCGACGUCAGGCGGAUCGGGACCGGACACCCCUUCGCUCGAAGAUGCUAUGACGAGCGCGCCUCCUAGUCAGAUGAGGCCGCAGGGGGUCGCGUAGCCGCGCGCGGGGUCAUCAUCAUCGAGAAUGCACACACGUCACUUGUUCCAUAUGUAUCACUUGCUCGCUUGUCUGCUUCGUUCAUUUAUUCAUUCAUUCAUUCAUCCAUUGAGUCGUCAUUGUUGCGUCGUUACGAAUUGCGCG